AUGUCUUACUCCAAAGAUCUGUGUUGCCUACCCCAGGAUUAUUAUCCUGAUAUAUGCCCACGCCCAUGUAUUAACGUCUGCAAUGAGCCGUGUGUCACAUCAUGUGGAGAUUCGACUGCAGUGGUCUAUGCGCCACCAGUUGUUGUGAGAUUCCCAGGACCAACUAUGGCUACUUAUCCUCAAGACAGCAUCGUGGGAACCACCUUACCAAAUUUUCCCACAAGACCUGGGGGCUUCUUUGGUUCUAGUGGUGGUUUCAGUGGCUCAUUCAGUUCUGGGGGAGGUUACGGUGGUGAUUAUGGGGGAGGUUAUGGUGGUGGUUUUGGAGGAGGUUACGGUGGUGGUUAUGGAGGAGGUUACGGUGGUGGUUUCGGGAGUGGACUCAGGUAUGGUUAUGGAGGCUCAUAUGGCUAUGGGGGCCUAUGCGGUUAUGGCAGGAGGUCACGACGUGGCAUUACUGUUUCUGGGGGAGGAUAUUAUGGGUCCGGCUAUGGAAAUUGUGGGCCAUGUUAA